AUGUCCGAACUGGGAGACAGGAUGGAUUUGCGGCCCAAGCAGCCCCUAAAGGAUCCCAAAUGGACUCUACGGGAGCUUGAUCUCUCCGUGAAACGUUUCCCUCACCACAUCCCCGUUCUUACAUCACCUGUCAUCUCCUUUUUGCGCAAAAGCAAAAGGAGAGACCUUCUAAGACCCUUUCGCGUGAUCUUCCCUGAAGUCACUGAAAGUGUUUUGAAUUCCCUCUGCGCUACAGUAAUUGCUCGCAAUUAUCUUUUUUCUACUUCAAAAUUUGAUCUCCAAAAGCUCUCACGAAAUUGUUACAAUGUAUCCUCCCCCGAUCAAGCUGAUACAAAAGCCCGCAAUUACCGUGGAGCUCACUCCGCUCUAAGGUUACUGGAUCAAGACGAAUGCCAAGCUCUCGAUCCUCAAAGUGCUUACCUUUGCCAAGCAUCUGAUAAAAUUGUUCACCAUCUUAUAUUUACAGUCAUGGGUCGAGUUGACCAAAAUCUGAAGUCGACGGUUGAAGUCUUAGCUCAAGUUCUUGAAGCAAGUGCCUCGAAAUGA